AAGGGUUGAUAGUGGAAUAUUUCCCCAUGUAGCAUAGACUAGCAUCUAAAGCUAGAAGGCAUAGGUUUAGGAUAAUGUGGAAGUGGUUUAGAGGAGAUAUGAGGAAGAAUAUUUUCACAGGGGGUGGCUGGAAUUUGGAACACAAUGUCACAGUGUGUUCUGAUCCAUUUCGACGUCGGAGUUUCAAUCAUCCCGGCGAGAGGGCCUGUACAUCGGGCCGUGCACAGCAGCGACUGGAGGGUUCAAAGGUCCCGACCACAAAUGAACAAAGAGGAAGAUGACUGAACUUUAUUGCCUUCCCUCACAGUGGGAAAUGGUGAUUCCACUGUGGUGGAUGUUCAUGUUAAAUUCUAUCGUGUAUUGAGUUAUUUUUAUUUAUAUGGCUGUAUGGUAUCUCAAAUCUCCAUGUGACAAUAAAUGUAACUUGGACGAGGUAAAGGACAAUACUCUCAUAAUACCUUUAUUUGAGUAGAUUAAUACUUAAAUUGCAAAGGCAUAGAAACCUAUGAACCAAAUCUGUGAAAUGGGACCAAUAUAGAUAUUAUAUAGAUAGUAAGGUGACGUGCCUCAAUGACUAUCGACCAAUGACACUAACGUCUGUGGUGAUGAAGUGCUUUGAGAGGUUCAUUAUGGAGCAUAUCAACUCCAACCUCGACCCACUGCAGUUCGCUUACCGCCAUAACAGGUCAGCUGUGGAUGCGAUCUCACUGGCUCUCCACUCCGCUCUGGACCACUUGGACAACAAAAACUCGUAUGUCAGGCUGUUGUUCAUAGACUACAGCUCGGUGUUUAAUACAAUCAUCCCCUCCAAGCUGGUUACCAAGCUCACGGAUCUGGGUCUUUGUGCAUCCCUCUGCAAUUGGGUCCUCAACUUCCUCAUCCACAGACCACAGUCUGUCCGUAUUGGUGGAAAUAUGUCAUCCUCGAUAACAAUCAGCACGGGAGCAACUCAAGGCUGCGUGCUCAGCCCCCUGCUGUACUCACUCUAUACUCAUGACUGUGUAGCUGGACAAGGUGCAAACUCCAUCAUCAAUCUCACCGACGACACCACUGUUGUGGGAUGAAUCACAGAUGGUGAUGAGUCAGAGUAUAGAAGUGAGAUUGACCGAUUGACCAAACGGUGCCAGCACAAUAACCUGGCUCUCAACACCAGGAAAACCAAGGAACUGAUUGUGGACUUUGGAAGGGGUAGGAUAGGGACCCACAAUCCCGUUUAUAUCAAUAAUGUGUUUAUACCGUUUAUAUGGUGGAAAGGGUCAAAAACUUCAAAUUCCUGGGCGUGCAUAUUUCCAAAGGUUUUUCCUGGUCCCAGCAUGAUGAUGCAAUUAUCAAGAAGGCACAUCAGUGCCUCUACUUCCUGGGAAGAUUACGGAGAGUCAGUAUGUCAAGGAGGACUCUCUUGAACUUCUACAGGUGCACAGUAGAGAGCAUACUGACUGUUUGCAUCGUGGCCUGGUUCGGCAACUUGAACGUCCAGAAGCGGAAAAGAAUGCAGAAAGUUGUGACCACUGCCCAGUCCAUCACCGGCUCUGACCUUCCCACCAUCGAUGGGAUCUAUCGCAGUCGCUGCCUCAAACAGGCUGCCGACAUCAUCAAAGACCCACACCAUCCUGGUCACACAUUCAUCUCUCCAUUGUCACUGGGAAGAAGGUACAGGAGCCUGAAAUCUGUAACAUCCAGGUUCAGGAACAGCUUCCCCACGGCCAUCAGGCUACUAAACACAACAUCAAAUAAACUCUGAACAAUAACAGUCUAUUAUUACUAUUGCAUUUUAUCUGUUAUUUAUUGUGUAUAUAUAUGGUCUAUAGACACACUAAACUUUUAUCUCCCGUUCUGUAUUAUGUUUACAUGUAUUGUGCUGCAGCAAGUACGAAUUUCAUUGUCCUAUCUGGGACACAUGACAAUAAAACUUUCUUGACUCUUAAGAUAUUUGAUGGUUGGCGUGGACAUGGUGGCUUGAAGGGCCUGUAUCUCUGCUGCAUAACUAUAACUGUGAAGGUGAAUGGUAAACUCUGGGGAGAGUAGAUGGAAAGGAAGGGAGAAUAAAAUGGGAUUAUGUAAACAGAUAUGUGAUGGUCAACCUGGAUUUGGGUAAAAUGUCCUGUUUCUGUGCUGUGUGACAGAGUAGAUGGUGUGACAGUGCUCCCUCCCUUGCAUGCUGCUCUGAUCCCUAUCACUGCUGACAGGCCAAUAGAGCUCAUUGGUAAUAGCAAGGUCCAAUUAGUAGGUGAUAUAGUUUGGCCAACUGAACCUUGUUAGUCUAAAGCCCAGGCAUUCUAGCUGGAAGAGAGAAGGGAGUGGAUGGAAGGUGAACAAAGUGGGGCGCCUCUACUCCAGCUGUGUUCCCCUGUCGCAGGUUCGUGGAAGAUUAAGCCACUGGGACAAACCCAAGACCACCGUGUAGACAAGAGCGAGCCUCAAUGAAGAAGCCCGUGUCUAUGAGGCUAUGAGCCGCCGGAACAACUCUGAGAUCGCCAGCACCAUUACACUUGUGCACUGAUGACAAGGGACAGCGCCCUCGUGUGGUUCUGCACUUGCCACUGUAAAUACAAUUAUAUGUGUCGCCUACUGCGAGUGUCGGUGUGAACCCGGCGUCAUCCCUGAUGCCACAAUUGUGAGAAAACUAUUAGCAAGACCUGAGAGCAGAGAAGGAAGAACGGACUGAGAGAGUACAGGAAAUGCGGAAAACAGCAAGUUGAGAAUGCUUUGAAUAAAUUCAGCGGGAUAGACCUGAUCAUUCUUACGACAUAAGCAUCAUCGCCUAACUUCUGAGUUUUAAACAUUCUGCCAUUUCUUACAUUCAGAGAUUAUUUCAUUAGCUGAAUUGAAAUUCCCCCUGAAUAUUACACUAACCUGGUAAUGUAUCCAUGCCAUGACUGCAUCCUCAUAAAAAAUAUCUGGAAUGCAUUCACAUAAUUAUCCAAAUAGGAAGACAUUAAUGAGAUUUAAAAAUCCCAAAAGCACCAAAAAAAUCUUGAACAAUGCAGGGUUGAGUUAUUCAAGGGGCAUGAAGAAGUCAACACUGUUCCCAACAGGAGUGGAUAAUAUUGAUUGCCUUGGCUGGUAGAACUAUGGCAAUCUUCUCAGAGACAUGGAGUCAAGGGUUUAUACAGCAGAGAAAUGGCUCUAGUGCUGACCUUUUUGCCCGUCUGCAGUAAUCUAAUUUGCCGGCCAUGAGGUCCAUAUUCUUCAUCUGUUCUCUAAGUAGGCAUCCGUCUCAAUGUCUCCUAACUAUAGUGAUUGAAUCUGAAACUACCACCUCCUGUGGCAGUGAGUUUCAGUUAUUAACCAUAAUGUGUGAAAAGAAACGCCCAACAGUUUCCCUUUAAACGUUCCUCCACCUUAAUUGUAGGGCCAUUUGUCUUUGAUAGCCUUGCCAUGGGUAAAACAUGCUAUCUACUCUUCCUAAGCCUCUUGCAUUUUUAUGUAUCAGAUCACCCUCUCUGCCUCCUUCCCUUCAGAGAAAACAAACAGCCUUUUCAGUUUUUUCCUCUCAUAACUAAAGUCAACCAAAGCACCCUAAGUCAAAAUCAAACGAUCGGUCUGACUCAUGUUUCCUCGUGAACUCCACCACGGCCCCAAACCCUGGAUGACUGUUCCAGACCACUCAUCUUUGGAUCUUGGUUUCAGUCAACAUAAACUAAUUUCAAAUGAUGCCAAUCUUUGGAUUCUGUUCAUAUGUGAUAAGACAGUAGAAGUGAUGCUGUCACAGGCUGGAAGUUGCAAUUACAAUAACAAAUUAGGAGCACAGACUUACUGCAUAUCCUGCCUUGGGUCAAAUAGAUGCAGAUAAAUCACACAUCACAGUCUCAUUCCCAGCUCCAUCCAAUUUAACUCCUUCAAUCCUAAUAGAGUUAUUGCCCAUGCAAAGUACUUGCCUAGUUUUUAUGCUGUAUUUGGUGAAUAAGCUGAUACCUGUCUCUCAAGACCAUUGAUUGGUCUUCCAAAUCUUACUUGAACCGCAACUGACAGAAAUUCUCCACAUCCCUUCGUCAAUGUCCUGGGAUAAUUCUCCACUUAAUCUUUCAGCGGAUCCAAAGGCAGCCAUUGUUUUCUCAAGCUGUUUCUUGCACACAACACCACUUAGUUGAAUGGUUUUGGUUUAUAUAGACAGCUUGUUGACAUGCUCACAGAUAUUUAGCUUUAGCUGGAUGAACGCAAGGAAUUAUCCCGUCUCAAUGGUGCUUGGUAAAGCUGGAGAGAUAAAAUGAGCUCACUUCCUUCUGCUAAUAAUUAUUGAGGGCUGUCUGGGAGACACUAAGUUAAGACAUAUUAAUGCCUACAAUGGUCAAAUAGCUUUCUAUCAACAAUACCUGCUCUGCCAGAAUGAUAAUCUUGCCUUUGAUCUUGAAGAUAAAGAGUCAGGAUUGGGGAUGAUUGGCAGGGCAGUUUCAACAAGUAAGGAAAUUAGGCAAUAGAAGUUUCUCCAGUCGAUUGAUUAAUAGCAGGAAGGUACAGUUUGCAACCCUUCCUCCCCCCCUCCCCAUGUGUGACAUGUGCUUAGCAACAAGUGUGCAGUCGACAUUUCCUAUGUAGCUGAAUGUUUCAACAAAGAUAGGUUUGUGGUUUCCGCUGAUACUGGAAAGUAUGUCACAAGCCAGAGAAUUCGACGAGCUGCCUUCACUUCUAAUCGGCAGUGGGUCUGUUGGCCGCUUACUAAAAUGAAUUAUACUUUUCUCAUCAGCAGAUGUGACCCCACAUUGAAGAAGCUGUGGUCGGCAUAGGUUGACUGCCUUAUUCACUGCCGUUGAUUCUGAGAAGAGCCGUUUCUUUUCUUGCAUCUAUCCGACAGAGCCUCAUCAGAAUGGAGCUUCAAGCACCAUGUGGGAAGAUAGAACAUACUCAUUUGAGCAGUGCAGAGCUGAGACUGUUGUACGAGGAGGCCCUGUACACAGUUAUCCACGGCAGCGGUAAACCAGAUGCCUGCCACUGUGAAAACAAGUAUGACCUGCUUCAGUAUCUGCAGAGUGCUUUCCAAAUAGACAAAGCGGAAAAUGAGGUGAUUCAAGAGCAAGUUCGAGACCUGAAGCCACCCUCCCCCUAUCUGAAGCUGACAGUAAAGGAAGCCAAAGGGAUUAUUGGGAAGGAUGCCACUGGCUUCAGUGACCCCUACUGUUUGCUGGGGCUGAUGUCAUCGGAAGAACAUCAAGAAGAGGAGGCCCAGAGAUCGAACAGCCCCCUGCCCAGGAGGCGACAGAAAGCCAUGAUGAAGGAGGCAAUCCCUCAGGAUCGAAUUCAGAAAACAGAGGUCAAGAGGCAGACCCUGAACCCCAUUUGGAAUGAAACCUUCCUCCUGAAAGUCAAGGAUGUCCAUCAUACUGAACUGUACAUAGAAAUGUGGGACCUGGAUGACGAGGAGUCUGUGAAUAUCCGACUGGCUGAGAUCCACGGGAUCCAUGGGCUGAAGAGGCUGUUCAAAGAUGUGAAGAAGGCAGCUCGAAAGAACGAACAGGAUGAUUUUCUGGGAAAUUUGGUGGUUAAACUGCAGGACUUGCCCUACACUCCUGAAGAUAAAUGGUACCCUCUGGAGCCCUGCACUGAGACCUACCCUGACCGAGGAAAGUGUCACCUGCAUCUGAAACUUAUCCACGAAGAGAGGGACACCACCCUGAGCAAACGAGAGCCCGUUUUCCGAAUUCAUCGUGGCCUGUUGCAGCAGUUCGUGCAGUUUGAGAAACUGCUGAAGAAACAGUCCGGGGAUGUCCAUGGGGAAGUGGAGCUCAGUGCACCAGCCUCCACCAUACUGUCUCUUCAUGCCACGCAGAAUGAUCUUUCACCCUUCCACCAGGACAUGGCGAAGUGGCUGGCCUACAGCAAGCUGUACCGGUGUGUGGAAGUCAGCUACAUCUGUCUCCUCCAGCACCUGACCAGCAUCGAGUACCAGUGGGGACUGGCACAGGUCACCCUCAAGCAACAGGCGCAAGAUGAAUUGGCAGAGUCUUUCACAUCAUUCCUGGAUUACGGAAUCUCUCUCAUCCAGAAGUACAGGGAAGUUUUUCCGAUCUCUGAUCCCAAAUCGAUUGAUCACCAGCUGUCCCUGCUCAGGGUACUGGUGCAAAUCUAUAAGAUGAAAGCUUUCAACAAACUUUGUUCAUCAGUUCCUGAUCUCCAUGACAGAAUCGUUGAUGCUGUAACGGCCGGCACUGUGGAGUGGUACCAUGCCCAGAAACAGCUGCUGGAGCCCAUGAUAAAGUCUGAGGAAGAGAAUAUGAAAUCACUGGUGCUACUCAUCGAUCAGCUGAACACUGGCCUUACAAGUGACCGGAAAAAACGAGCAAAGAUUUUCACAGGCACCGUCAAAGUCAAUCUAUUCAAUGUCACUUAUCUGCUGAUCCAGAAAUUGGUGGCAGAGGAUCUGCAGGAACAAGUGAUAAGUACUGGAGGCGGCAGGUCGAAGGAGGUUGUUGAGAGUCUCUACCAGUUAUACCAGAACAUCAGGCUGCUGCUGCACCAACAAAUUUACUUAUUACCAAAUGAAGGUUCGCUUGCACUUAGUGACUUCUACAAAUGGUUCAGUGAUUCUUUACCAAAGUGGUUACAGAUGGUGUACAACAACACAGUGGAGAUGGUCCAGCGAGCUGUGCAGAAAGAUCAGCUGCAAUGUCUGGGGGAGAAGACUAAGCACAGCACUUCCGCAGUGGAUAUUGCAACCUGCUACCUCAAGAUCAAGCAGACGUGGACACAGUUGAGUUGGCCCGAUUCUGAGGAAGCGUUUGUCAUCAUGGUCAAGCUGACCGAGGAUAUGUGCAAGGUUGCAUUAAUGUACUGUCGACUCAUCGAGCAGAGGGCAGAGGAGCUGUCAACCAACAAAGAUCAUGCCAACCAAAGUGAUUCAGACGUGAAUGCCGUGAGGUCACUCCAGCUCUGUGUGGUUCUCAAUAACAUGAGGCAUCUCCGGGUGGUCAUCUCCCAGCUGCCAGAAGACCUGGACUGGCAAGGCCUGAUGGAAGAUACAGCCAACAUGAUUUCAGUGGAUCAGAUCCAGAACACACUGCACACCCAGCUGAAAAGAGUCAAUGGUUCAAUCAACAAUAAGAUCCAGGGUGUGAUCCAGACCCUUGCUCAGAAGCUGCAAGCAGACAUAAAGAAACACAUCCACAAUCUGUCCACAUCCUAUCAUGACGUGCCUUUGGAAAAUGUGAUUGAGCCCUUAAUGAAAUUUCUGGACAAUGAAUUUGCAUACAUGGAUAGAAACCUGGUACAAGAGAAUUUUCAAAGCCUUCUAGGUUUCCUCUGGACCCACAUAAUUGAUGUCAUCAACUUGACGUCGUAUCAGUGUGGUGUUUCCCAAGCACUUUAUUCGAGGCUGAGAUACACUUUGCAGUGCCUGCUGCACAGCUUCCACGCUGAGGGAAACGGGCUGCCACUGGACAAACUCCAGACCGCCAGCUUUGAGGUUCUUGAAGCUCAUUUGACUCUGAAUGCAGCAAGCACCCAUCAGCUGAUCCAGAAGUAUUGUACAAAGAAAAUCCAGCAGCAGGCUACUGUGGAAACAUCCAAGUACGGUGCCGUGACUGUCAAAGUGUUUUACGACAACCAACUCCAAACGCUCCACGUUGAAGUCCUGAAUGCCGUCAACCUCAUUCCACUGGAUUCUAAUGGUGUCAGCGAUCCUUUCGUGGAGGUGACUCUGCAACCUAAGCAUGUCUUUCCAAUGGUGGAAGGCAAAACCACACAAUGCAAGUACAAAGACCUCAACCCUCUCUUUGAUGAGACCUUCGAAUUCAGUAAUGUUACUCCAGAGCAGUGUCGGACUGAAGGAGCCUGCCUGCUGUUCACUGUAUUUGACCACGAUACCCUGCUGAGUGAUGACCUGGAAGGGGAGGCCUACCUCCCCCUAGAUGACAUCCCAGGACUGGACAGCACAGAGGAAGCCCUCACCCACACCAGGGUUCCUCAGACACGACUGACUCUUGGCCACCCAAAACCAAAAGAAUACGAUAUACUGAAGUUGUUAGAGGCACGGAAAGGAGACCGAGAUGCUCAGGCUUUCAUUAAAAUCCGAAAACAACGGGAAAGGAAGUCGAAGGAGACGUAGAAGUGGCCACAGCCUCGGGAGGAAACACCGACACUGGAUGGGAUCCACUAGAGCAAACCUUUAGGCACUGAAGGACAGCGUGCCCACGGACAAACGCCCCGUCUGACAGUCAUUUAUUCCCAGUGUGUGGUGACUGGGUCCUACCUUCACCUCAAGCUGCUGGUGAAGCUGACGAGGGAUAGAGAAUGCACACACAUUGCAGUGGUGGCCCUAAGGUUACAGUGACUCUUCAACAUGCUCACCUUCAGCUGCCUGCAGGCCCACGGUUGGGUAUCACACUCUUGCUUUUGUAGCCACAGGAUUUCCAAUAGAUUCGACGCAGAGAUUAUUUCCUUCAGCUGAUCGCAAGCCCACUGUGUGUUGUUAUGUAUUUUAACUCCAACCAGUUAAAACAGCAAGAUAGAUUAGAUCAGGUUAUAUGUGUGUGUUUUAGCAUUUUAUUUAAUAUAAGUAAAGUUUGUGUUUGUGUUCAGCAUUCAUUGUUCUGCAGCUAUUUGCACCAGACAUUGUAUAGUACCAGCGCUGCCCAGGUUGGGCACCAACUUCAAUUUUCCAGUCACCUCAGGUGAAUGAAGGCUCUGCCCUGCCAGUGACACCAACAUUAAUGUAAAAUGCCACAGGUGCCAAACAAUAGCUGAAUAAGAACUUUGGAGUUGUCCCACUGUUCUGACCAAUAAUUCUCCUCCAAUAAACGCGUCAAAACAGAUCACUGUCUUUAUUACAUUGUUGCCUGGAUAGAGUGGAUGUGGAGAGGAUGCUUCCACGGGUGGGAGAGUCUAGGACCAGCGGCCAUAGCCUCAGUAUAAACGGAUGUACCUUUAGAAAGAAGAUGAGGAGGAAUUUCUUUAGUCAGAGGGUAGUGAAUCUGUGGAAUUCAUUGCCACAGAAGGCUGUGGAGGCUGUCAAUGAUAUUUUUAAGGCAGAGAUUGACAGAUUAAUUAGUAAGGGUGUUAAGUGUUAGAGAGAAGCAGGAGAAUGGGGUUGAGAGGAAAGGAUAGAUCAGCCAUGAUUGAAUGGCAGAGUAGACUUGAUGGGGCCCAAUAGCCUAAUUCUCUUCCAAUAACUUACGAACUUAACUGAACCUUGGUGUGUAAAUUGGAGGCUACAUUUGUUCAACUACAAGUUAUUACACUUCAAAAGUGUUUUUUUUUUUUGUUUUGUUUUUUUAAAUCAAAAAUAUUUAUUCAAAUAUUAAAAUAUCAAAACAGCAUCAUAAUACAAGACGACACAAAUAUGCUAAGCAACUGCUAAACAACUAUAUUGCAAUCCUUGUCCAGGAUACAUUCAACCCCCCUCGGUGCCCAGCGGUCAUGGAACUCCCUCAUGGUGCCCGUAGACGGGUCGUAUUCCCUUUCCAUGCGCACCCGGGCACGGACGUAUCCCCGGAAAAGGGGCAGGCAGCUGGCUCGGGUAGAGCCCUCCACCGUCUGGCGCCUUGACUCGCGGAUGGCCAGCUUGGCCAGGCCCAGGAGCAACCCAACCAGGACAUCUUCAGCCCUACCCUCUCCCCUACGCACAGGGUGUCCAAAGAUGAGGAUGGUGGGUGAAAAAUGCAGCCAGAAGGCAAGGAACAGCCCCUUUAGGUAUUGAAACAGUGGCUGCAGCCUCACGCACUCCAUGUACACGUGGUACACAGACUCUUCCAGCCCGCAAAAGUGGCAGGCGGCUGACUUCAAAAGCGUUGGAUGUGAUGCAUAAGUAAUAGGUGCAUCAAUAUGUGUCAUUGCAGUAUCUCCAAUGAUCCACUAUCCUAGCAUUUGGAAAUCCUCAUGCUUUGGAAUCUACUCGCCCAAUUUACUCCUGUGCUCCAUUUAUCUCACCAGGGUCCAGUUUCCUUUUCUUUACCCUCUCUUUAAUCUCGAGACACAAGAGACUGCAGAUGCUGGAAUCUGGAGCAAGAAACAAUCUGCUGGAGUAACUCAGCGGCUCAGUCAGCAUCCUGAUACAGGGUCUUUACCUGAUACACGACUGUCCCUUUGCCUCCACAGAUGCUGCCUGUCCUGUUGUGUUCCUCCAGCAGCUUCUUUUCUGCUCCUUUUAUUCUCAACUCAUUCACAGGAAAAUUCAUUUUACUGGUGGUGUGGGUGACAUCUUAAAAAACAUCAUCUAAAGAUGUGUUUGUGUGUAUAAUGAGAGUCGUAUCCAUUAGUCCAGAACCAGGGGCCACAGUUUACGAAUAAAGGUGUAGGUCAUGUAGAACGGAGUUGAGGAAAAACCUUUUCACCCAGAGAGUUGUGAAUCUGUGGAAUUCUCUGCCUCAGAAGGCAGUGGAGACCAAUUCUCUGGAUGCUUUCAAGAGAGAGUUAGAUAGAGCUCUUAAUGAUAGCAGUCAAGGGAUAUGGGGAGAAGGCAGGAAGGGGGUACUGAUUGCGGAUGAUCAGCCAUGAUCACAGUGAUUGGCGGUGCUGGAUCAAAGGGCCGAAUGACUUACUCCCCAACUAUUGUCUAUUGUCUAAAACCUUCCAGUCUGGCACUUUCAAAGCCCCGAGGAUGCUGGAUUAUUGAAGCUUCACUGUCCUUUUUUCCUUUUUCUGAUAUCCAGAUAUGCACAAAAUAGUUUCUGACUAUUUGGAGUAAAACUGAGAGAUUCAUAGAUUCAUAAAGUUAUAGGCAAUAGACAAUAGGUGCAGGAGUAGGCCAUUAUGCAGCAUGAAAACUGAAUCUUUGGACCAAUUCGUCCAUACCGACCAAGGUGCCUAUCUACACUAAUCCCAUUUGCCUGAGUUUGCCUUGUGUUCCUCUAAACCUUUCCUAUCCAUGUAUCUGUCCAAAUGUAUUUUACAGAUGAUACCCACCUCUAGUUUCCUCUAGCAGUGCAUUCCAGAUGCCCACACCCUCUGUGUGGAAAAAGUUGCCCCUCAGAUCUCAUUGAAAUAUUUCCCCUCUCAUCUAAAACCUGUGCCCUCUAACUUUAGACUCCCCUAUCCUGGGAAAAAGACUGUGAUCAACCUUAUGUAUUGUUUCAUUUUAUAAACCUUUAUAAGGUCACCCCUCAGCCUCCUCCACUUAAGGGAAAAUCGUCCAGCCUGUCCAGUCACUCCUUAUAACUCCAGUCUAGGGAACAUGCUUGUGAAUGUUUUCUACACCAUUCUUCCUGUAGUACCGCAACGCACAUAAUAUUCCAAGUGCAGCCAAACCAAUGAAUUAAUUGCUUGAAAGAUACAGAAUGGAAGCAGGCUCUUCAGCCCAACGAGUUCGCACCAACCAUUGAUCACCUGUUAUUGCUGCCCCUUUUUCCACAUAACCCGUGACAAAUAUCCACCCAAUAUUGCUAUUCUCAUAAACCCCUCUAGCUUUCUUUUCCUCCACAUCCCCGCAAUGUCUGAAGUAGAGUCCAAACCCAAAACAUCACCUAUCCAUGUUCUCCAGAGAUGCUGCCUGGCCCACUGAGUUACUCCACAACUUGGCUUCUUUCCUGGGCAAUGGUUUAUGGUUGUCGCCUACACCGAGGUAGUGAAACACUUUGUCCCAGUCCUUGGAACGUUUUACUACUGGCUGCUGAGGCACCAAGCUCUAGAAUUCAAGUCAAGUCAAGUCAAAUUUACUCACACACAAAGCUCCACUCAUCCUUUGUCCCUUUAUUAAAAAGCUGCUGAAAACUUGAGGUUCAGUGACGUGGUGAAGCUUGUGGCUGCUCUCCAAGCUGUGACUCUGGUUGCAGAAGCAUCUUUGGAUUGCGAUGCUGUGCAUAGCUAGAAGUUGGGUAACGCGGAUUUAUGUUUUGUAACAUGGUUGGUGAAAACACAGCACUUUGACUCUUCAGAGCU